UCGGAUCCAGCAGCAACCCAGAAGCACCGACUGAUUGAGGGACGAGGGGAUCGAUAUCUGUGUGCCACCGCUCCAAACAUGAGUAAAGCUGCUGACUACUUGACGGUCGACCGCCAUUUCUAAGACAAGACCUUUCCAACGACCUUCCAACAAAGUCAACAAUGCGUAUCGGCGGCUUCUACAUCCCUUCAGACCAGGUCAUCUCCUUUGUUUACGACAAAUCAGACUAUCCAGCCCUCCGAAGGAUUCGCAAGGAAUUUCCAUCUGAGCCGGACCCUAAGGCUCUUACCGAGGAGCAACACGGCGAAUGCCUGAACGCGAUGAAAGAUUAUGCUAGGAAACACCACCACCUCUACGCUCUCCCCAUCUCAUACCCUUCCAUGGAGGGUCCCAUCGAAGAGUUCAGCGUGAUCUUUGUUACCCGCCGAACAGCUUUCUCUCGACAAGCGUUUCAUGCAUUGGAUAAAAAGAUGGACUCGGAGAGGCUGGAACAGUUUGUGCCUGGUGAGAGAGAGCAGAAAGUACAGAAACUUAUCGAGGAUAUCUAUGGUCCUUAAUUUGAAAGGCUUCAACCACAAGUUCAUUACCACCUACAUCGAUGAUUCGCUUUAUCUACCGCUUUCGUAAGUUGGGAGAGGUUCAAACUUUUAAUUCGCCCAAGUUCUUUGUGUACCCCUAAAUUCAUCCCCUAUAAUCCUCGAUCCGUUUUCUCGCCGUAUUUCCUUCGUCUUAAGAG